AUGGUGAGUCAGCUUGUUUGGCAGCGGGCUUCUGCCUCUCGUGGGUUGGCCACACGGCUGUCCCCGCAACGGCUCUUCGCCCGUGGCCUAGCCACCGAGGCCUCCUCCUCCCGCAUGCCCCCUUACCCCAAGCUCGUCCGCAACCUCGAACAGGUCCGCCGAGUCCUGGGCUCCGAGCGCGCUCUCACCCUCGCCGAGAAGAUCCUCUACGCGCAUUUGGACAAUGCCGAGGAGUCAUUGCUCACUGGCACCAACAAUGGUCGUGAUAUCCGAGGCAAGGCCAAUUUAAAGCUGAAGCCUGAUCGUGUUGCUAUGCAAGACGCUUCGGCUCAGAUGGCCUUGCUCCAAUUUAUGUCGUGUGGUCUUCCCUCGACUGCCGUCCCCGCCAGUAUUCACUGCGACCACAUGAUUGUUGGUGAGCGCGGUGCUGAUACUGAUCUGCCCGCUUCGAUCCAGGGCAACAGCGAGGUCUUUGACUUCUUGGAGAGUGCUGCCAAGCGCUACGGUAUUGAGUUCUGGCCUCCUGGCGCGGGUAUCAUACACCAGAGUGUGUUGGAGAACUACGCCGCCCCUGGAUUGAUGAUGCUCGGAACCGACAGCCACACUCCCAACGGAGGUGGUCUUGGCGCUAUUGCUAUCGGUGUCGGUGGUGCCGAUGCCGUUGACGCUCUGGUCGACGCUCCUUGGGAGCUGAAGGCCCCCAAGAUUCUUGGUGUUCGCCUUGAGGGCAAGCUCAGCGGAUGGGCUUCCCCCAAGGAUAUCAUCCUGUCUCUGGCUGGCAAGCUGACUGUCCGCGGUGGCACUGGCUUCGUCGUGGAGUACCACGGCCCUGGUGUCGAGACUCUUAGCUGCACUGGUAUGGCUACCUGCUGUAACAUGGGUGCCGAGGUCGGUGCUACCACCUCGAUUUUCCCCUUCUCGCCCAGCAUGGUACCUUACCUGCACUCCACCCACCGUGGCCAUGUCGCCGAUGCCGCUGCUGCUGUCGCUGCUGCGGGCCCCUCCAGCCUGCUGCGCGCUGAUACCAAGGCCGAGUACGACCAGGUUAUCACUAUCAACCUGUCCGAGCUCGAGCCACACAUUAACGGACCCUUCACCCCCGAUUUCUCAGUGCCACUCUCCAAGUUCGCCGACACCGUCCGCGAGAAGAAGUGGCCCGAGACUUUCGGCGCUGGUCUUAUUGGUAGCUGCACUAACUCUUCAUACGAAGAUAUGACUCGCGCAGAGAACCUGGUUAAGCAGGCUACCGCCGCUGGGCUCAAGCCUAAGGCGGACUUCUUCAUCACCCCUGGAAGUGAACAGAUCCGCGCCACCCUGGACCGUGACCAGACCCUGAACACCUUCUCCGAAGCCGGUGGUGUCGUCCUCGCCAACGCCUGCGGUCCCUGCAUCGGUCAAUGGAAGCGCACAGACGGUGUCCCCAAUGGCGAAGACAACGCAAUCUUCACCUCCUACAACCGCAACUUCCCCGGUCGCAAUGAUGGUAACCGCCGCACCAUGAACUUCCUCGCGUCCCCCGAGCUUGUGACCGCCCUCGCCUACUCCGGCAGCACGACCUUCAACCCCAUGACCGACUCCCUCACAGCUCCCGACGGCUCAACCUUCAAGUUCCAGCCCCCGACCGGCUUCGACCUCCCCAGCGCUGGCUUUGAAGAAGGCAACCCUAACUUCCUCCCCACAGCCGCCGUUCCCGACGCCAGCGCCGAGGUCAUCGUCUCCCCGACCUCUGACCGUCUCGCCCUGCUCGAGCCCUUCGCCCCCUUCCCCAAGGGCGAGCUCUCCGGCCUGCAGGUCCUCUACAAGGUCAAGGGCCAGUGCACAACCGACACCAUCUCCGCCGCCGGCCCUUGGCUCAAGUACAAGGGCCACCUGCCCAACAUCUCGGCCAACACACUCAUCGGCGCCGUCAAUGCCGCCACCGGCGAGACAAACGUCGCCUACGACGAAGCCGGCAAGCAGUACGGCAUCCCUGAGCUCGCAGAGCACUGGAAGGAGCGCGGCAUCGAGUGGCUCGUCGUCGCAGAGGAUAACUACGGCGAAGGCUCGGCCCGUGAACACGCCGCCCUGCAGCCCCGCUACCUCGGCGGCCGCGUCAUCGUCUCCAAGUCUUUCGCCCGCAUCCACGAAACCAACCUCAAGAAGCAGGGUGUUGUCCCUCUGACCUUCGCCAACCGUGAAGACUACGACCGCAUCGACGCUUGUGAUAAGGUCGACACUGUCGGUCUUUAUGAUACCCUGCAGGCUGGUGGACAGGGAGAGGUCCAGCUGCGCGUUACCAAGCAGAAGACUGGAGAGACCUUCGUUGUGCCUGUUCAGCACACGCUGAGCAAGGACCAGAGUGCUUUCAUUCUUGCCGGUAGUGCUUUGAACUUGUUGGCUAAGAAGGCUCAUGCUUAG